CAACAGUCCUGCAAACCAUGUCGAAAAACGUCUUGGCACACGCCCUCAAAACCGCAUCUAUUGAGAAAUUAAAGGAUAAACGCAUCGUACUAGCAUCGAACAGUCCCAGGAGAAAGGAGAUUCUCCGCACCAUUGGAUUAGAACCGGAUAUCGUACCAUCGACGUUCCAGGAGAACCUACCUAUUAGCGGGUAUGCACACCAGAUCCAUGAAUAUCCCGUUGCGACGGCGACGCAUAAGGCGAUUGAGGUGUAUGAGAGGCUAGUCGAAUCUGAACCUGAUAACGCACCCGAUCUCGUUAUCGCAGCUGACACCGUCGUACUCACUCACGCACCCGAAACGUCCUCCACGGUUUCCCAAUCCGUCUUGUCUUCAGCAUUGGGCCCCUCACCCCAAGAAGUUCUCGAAAAACCGCGAGACAAGGAGGACCAUCUCCGCAUGCUGCUCGAUCUGAACGGGAACGUGUGUGAAGUCGUCACGGGCGUCGUCGUCGUCUGGCCUGUGCUCCAGAGCCCGGGAUAUAAAGUCCAAUCAAUCGACGAACGAACCUUGGUGUACUUUGCGGACAACCCACAGUCCCUAUUGGAGGCUUACGUCGAGAAUGGGGAAGGGAUUGAUAGAGCAGGCGGGUUCGCUAUCCAGGGCCUCGGUAGUGUCCUCAUCCGCAAGAUCGAGGGCGACUACAACAACGUCGUGGGUUUCCCCGUAGCGAGUUUCUUCAAGCUGUUAGAAAUGCUGGUAGAAGAGGAGGACGACUUUUUGGAGGUUUAA